AACUUAACUUGAUUCAAAAUAAAGACCUACUAGUUUGAUCUCGUUAACUUUUUAUUGUUUUAACUAAGUGAUAUUUAACUCUACAAGUCGUCAAAUACCACACCAUUAUCGAACAAAUGGUGAACAACCUAUGUCUUUGGUCCGAGAAACGUGAUGAAAGUGAAGCAACAUUCUACCGGCGGUUCGCUUCAAUUCUAGAUACUUUGCUGGCGGAUACUGGAGUGAUCCUUGCUGACGGUGAAACAAGUUUGCAGUCAUCGAAGGUGGCUAUCGCAAUGAAUAAGGCAAUAUUCCACACCAGUGAUAUGUCCCAAGCUUAUGGCCGAAAGAUUGAUAUGAUCUUGAAAUGCUCAUCUAAUGUCAAGGUGGAUAUUUCUAGCAAUGAAUGGAAAAGAGCCAUGAUCAGCAAAUCGAUCAAACUUCACCAGCAAUCGAAAAAUCUACGCUUGAACACUUCUAACCUAUUCAGCCUCAACACCAAGUUUGGAAUUAAAAUCACCGAUGCCAUGGAUUUUGUGGGAAAUUCUGGAUACCUGUACGUUCUGCGACUCGUUGAACAUGGUCUUGGUCCUGAUGAUUAUAUCACUGUCGCUCAUUUGGUCACUGAUUUAGUCAUCCCUACAACCAUUGAAUCGUUAGGCACAGUGAAAGAUACUCUGUGUGGUCUGCUUACUCUCAAGGUAAGAUUUUAUUUAACAAAAGGAAAAAAAAAUGCUAAAGACUGAUAUGGAUUGCGCGAAUUUUCCCCCAUAGGAUCAUCUUGUGAGCAUUGCUUGGAAAGUCAGAUCAGAACUCCAUAAAGUUGAACAUGCUUCUGUUUUGGAGGACAUUUGCCCAACGCCACUGACCGAUUUAUCCCAUCCUAAGUCACCAUUUAUAUUUUUCACACCAAGGAACAACCGUGUACAAAAACGCAAGCUUUUGGAAUCAGAUGAUAAUGAUGGGAACGACUGUGAACAAUUUGUAAAAACUUUUAUCUCUUGAAUGCAAGGCUAAUCGUUUAGUUCUAUAUUUGACCGUUGCUAUUAUUCUCUAAUUUUUAUGAAUAUCUAUCAAGGUUUAUCUUAUUCGUUGCCUUAAGAAGGAUUGUUGUAUUUAUUAAUAGCCAUUACCUAAAGCAAUAAACCUCG